AAAAAAAAGAAUUAUGAUGCGAAGAUCUUGGCGUAUGGUUCGCUAAUGCGACGAUGUAAUUUUUGACACAUAUCGUUUGAAAGGUUGACCCUGAUUUUGAUGAUUGAAACCUAAAUUUGAAAAUGGACUCUAAUUCUGCCAGUCAGUUGGCGACUGUUGAAUCGUUCUGCGCAGCUUUUUAUGAGUCGUCAACUGAGCUGGAACGUAGAAAGGCGGAAGAAAUGCUGAAAGAAUUCUUUGAAAAUGAGCAGCACGCCCUCUCACGAUGUCAUAUGGUGAUGGAAAAUUCAGGACUGCAUUAUGCACAGCUGUUAAGCGCAAAUGCGUUGGCUAAGCUGGUCAGCAGACCAACAAACCAAUUACCUUUAGAUCAAAGAAUAUGGUUACGCAAUUUCGUCCUUAGCAACACCUACACUAGAUGUAAAAUGCCAGUUUGGGUAACCAAAUCAUACACCCAAUUAUUUGCAAAAUUAACCAAAUUUAAUUGGAAUGAGCAGCAAAACGACAAGUUUGUAUUUAGAAAUGUAAUUGACGAUGUGAAAAUGUUUAUAAGCGGAGAUUUGACGCAAUGUGUUUUGGGAAUUGAAAUUUUGACAUCGCUAGUCGAAGAGAUGAAUCAUUAUGAACCUUCACGAAGGCUUAACGAGCACAGAAAAAUAACAAAUUCCUUCCGAGAUACUUGUUUGAUGGAGAUUUUCACCCUUUCACGGGAUUUUUUGAGAGAAGCUGUUGAGGGGGGAUUAAACCCAAGUGAUGACCAACAGUGUCAAUUGAUGGAGAAGUUAGUAAAAUUGAGCUAUAGCUGCUUGUCUUUCGAUUUCACGGGAAACUCUCUUGAUGACGCUACAGACGAAAUGUGCACAGUGCAAAUUCCUGGAUCUUGGAGGGAACUGUUUGUUAAUUUCAAAACAAUGAAUUUGUUUCUUGAACUCUAUCAAAGACUGCCAGCAAAAAAUUGUGCUACAGUGGUUGCCUGUCUUGCCCAAAUGGCAGCCAUUCGAAGAUCUCUCUUUACAAAUAAUGAGCGCACCGAGUACUUUCACAAUUUACUGGGAGGUGUAAAAACCAUGCUAGAAAAUAUCAACCACCUUUCAGAUUCCGAUACGUAUCACGAAUUCUGUAAAUUACUUGCCAGACUUCGUGCUAUUUAUCAAUUAACUGAGUUCGUUAAAGCACCUUGCUGGUCUGAUUUCAUCCGUCUGUUGGCACAGUUCACUGUGAAUAGUUUACAAUACGUUGAAUGCCCUACGAAUAGCUUGCACUAUGUAUUGAGUACAUGGCACAAACUAGUGGCUUCAGUUCCCUACAUGAGGUCUAACGAGCCUCACCAUCUUGAUAAAUAUGCCCCUGAAGUGGCCGUGGCCUAUAUAACGACAAGACUAGAUCAAGUGCCUAUGAUGAUGGGAGACAACUUUGGCGGAAGUGCUUUGAGUGACCAGAGCAGUUUGCAGCAGCAAUUGGAGCAGAUUGCCAUUGUGGCCAGAUGCUCCUACAAGAAGGUAGCUGAUGUAAUCAUUGGGCUGUACGGACAAACCAGCGAGGCUUACAGUCAGUGUCCCGACCUGAGCAGUCUUCGAAUAGUUCAGUACAAACUUUGCUGGUUGGUUCAUAUCAUCGGAGCGGUUGUGGGUGCACGGGUAUCUUCAAAUACCCAGGAGGACAGCGAGGCCUCGGAUGCGGAACUGGUGUCAAGUGUACUGAUGUUAGUCCGACAUCUGGAUUCGCAGCCAGGAGAGAAAAUGCUCGACCAGCUGGAACUGGCUAUCAUGUUUUUUCUGGACAAUUUCAGAAGGGUGUACAUCGGCGAGCAGAUGCAAAAAGUGUCGCAUGUGUACCACGCGCUCUCGGAGGUACUCGGAUUGAAAGACGAGGCAAUGCUCCUGGAACUAAUUGUGAACAAACUGCUGAGCAACCUUAAACUGUGGGCGGGCAACAGUCGAAUUCUAUCCCAGACGCUUCAACUGUUGAGUGAUCUUUCGUUGACCUAUAGUGGCUUGAGGAAGUUAUCGAAACUAGAACCGGUUCAGAAUUUGUUGCGACAUCAUUCGAGCGACGCGCUGCCUUUUUUGAGUUUGGAAAACCAAGUGAUGCAAGAGCAAGACUUGAAAUACAGAACCAAUUUCUAUACUUCUCUCACUAGACUUUUACUAGUUGAUUUAGGAGAUGACGAUGACAGAUUCGUUGAGUUCCUUUCUCCCCUCACUGUAGCUCUGGACUCCUUAGGCCAGCAAAUGCUGAGUACAAAUGGAGCAGUGCCCCCCUCGCCCAUUUGGAGAAGGGUUUUCAUAGGAGUUUGCAGGGACUUGAGGGGGAUUGUAUUUGCUCUCAAUACCAAGAACUACUUCAACAUGUUCUUCGAGUGGUUUUAUCCGAGGUAUUGCGCUUUGUUCCAUAAGGCAAUAGAACUGUGGCACAACGAGCCAACAGUUAGCAGCCCAGUUUUGAAACUCUACUGCGAGUUGGUCCAGAACAGAUUCCAGCGCCUCUUGUUCGAGACCUCCCCUUUGGGAAUCCUGCUUUUCAGAGAGUGCAGUGAACUCCUGGUGAAGUACGGAGAGAGGUUGUUGUCCACAGAGGCGCAGAUUCCGAAAGACAAGGAGUAUCAGCUGAAGUUGAAGGGAAUAGCCACUUCUUUUCACAUACUGAAAAACGCUCUCUCAGGUGGAUUUAUCAACUUCGCCAUCUUUGGACUCUAUGGAGACAAGGCUCUGCAGAACAGUCUAGACAUGUUUGUCAGUAUGCUGCUCUCAAUGUCCAACCCCCACUCAUGCUCAGCUGCCGGGGGAGGAGGGGGAGGGACUGUGUCAGUGCCAGGACAGUUUAUGUUCCUUCAGUAUCCAAAGUUGUCUGUGGCAUACUACAACUUGCUGGAGGUGCUCACAGGCGACCACGUGCACUUUGUUGCGAGUGUUGACCUUGAGGUGUUGGUGUUGAUCAUGCAGACUAUAGCAGAGGGUCUAGUGUCUGUGGACUGUACCAUCAGCACCUCCUGCUGUUGCUCACUAGAUCAACUCAUCUCAUUCCUAUUCCGCAAACUCAGUCGCACCAAGAAGAGAGCAGCCAACCAGUCUCUGCAGAUGAACUUGAACAAUAGUCUGGAACCCCCUGUGGCAACUCACUUUUUACAGGUAACAGAUACUCACGGAGAGCUAUUUGACCAGAUGCUUUGCAACAUGCUAAACACUGUCCUAUACGAGGACCUGCGAAACCAGUGGUCUCUAUCCAGACCUCUUCUCGGUCUAAUCCUUCUUCGGGUUUCCACUUUCGAGAGAUUCCGGAUGGAACAGAUCCAGUCUUACAGCAGCGACCAGAAACGAGCUUCAGGAGUUCAAGCAGCCUUUUCCAGUUUAAUGGAAGGAGUUGAAAACAAUCUGUCGAAUAAAAAUAAAGACAAGUUUACUCAGAAUGUGGCAGUGUUUAGAAGAGAUAUCGGCGAAGCGUUGAGGACAACCCAGAAUCAAAGUCAGGGUGAAAGUGUUUCUGUGACUCACAGCGCGGGUGAUGACAUGAUAUGAAAAUGCCGAAUAAUUUUUAGACCGAGGCGCUUGUUUGCUUGAAUGAUAAACUGAACUGAAUGAAUUUAAACUGGAUGCCACGUUUUUGGCAAUUUGAGAUUCUGUGAAGUCCAUUUGCUUUCGAAGGAAUUUGAAGUUGUUGAUAUAACUGGAAAGCGUGAUUCAACGGAUAAAUUAACAUCAUUGAGGCAAUCGAACAAAAAUUUUUGCGGAUUUGAUAUCGGCAUACUACAGAAAGAGUUGGAUUGAAUUGUUGCCGUACCCUCCUCGCUUUGUGGUGCUAUUUUGAUACGUGAUAGCGAGGUUUUCUGCUUUUUAGUCUCUUCGGCAACAGCAUCUUGGUGUGAAUUAAUUGCAAACUGAUAGCUGAAAUUUAUUGCUUCUUCAUCUUCUGAAGAUUUCAAACAAUCAGGCUUUAAAGAAUAAGCUCUGGCAAUAAUGUACUGAGUAAUUUGAAAUGAGCCAAUAAUUUGCCAGAUGAAAUCGGUGUUAAACAGAAGCAAUAAAUUGGGCAAAUGUCAGAAUACUGUUAGUUCAUAUCAAUUGAGUUGAAUUAUUGGUCCAGUUCUCAAAUUGUGUGGUCAAUUGAUUGUUUGAUUUUUUCAAGCUUAUUAUUAUUUCUUCAAGCGAAUUUCGUAUUUAAUUUACUCACUAUACUUGGCAAUA